AUGGCGUCCUUCCUCGCGGACGGCGCCGGCCCCAACCGCCGGCAAGCCGCCGCCGCGUCGCUCGCCGCGUCGCUCGCGCCGCUCGCCGCGCCGGGCGCGGCGCGGGCGGAGUCGAUGGAGGAGGCGGCAGCGGCGCAGGCGGCGUCGCGGGUGAGCGUUGGCCUCACAGGGGACGACCUGGUGCUGCCCGCCUACUUCGCGGGAGACUGGGCCGUCGCGGGGGAGCUGUACAAAGUGGAGACGGGGCCGCUGGGCCAGGGCGCCCUGACCUCCGCACUGCCAGGUGUGCAGGAGGCUCUCCGCAAGAACUCCCUGGCGGUGGGAGCGCCGGCCGGGGAGUUCCGGGCCCGGCGCCGGUGGAAGAAGUGCAGCCGGACGGCCCCCGGCGGCGGUGCCGGCGUGGAGGAGGAGCGAGGGUCCAGCUUCUUCCCGCGAGUGGCCUGGAGCUUGCCCACAAGCUGCAUGCCAGUGAGGAUCUCCGACUGCAGGUCCCUUUAUGACCUGCUCACCAAGGACGGCGUGGCAGCCGCCGAGAGGAGACUCACAUUGGAUGAGGCCAUCAAAGAGUCGGCAGAGCACAUGGAGCCGGAAGCAGCCAUUUUAGUGUAG